GAUUGCCUGUACUACCUACCAAUGGUUGUUCAAGUGAAAUCACGCAUUCGCUACAGCAGCAAAACCAUGGAAGGCAACCAGCAGAAAGUGGAGGCCAACAUUUUGUUACUUGGAGCUGAGAACGUUGGAAAAUCUGCCCUCACCGUGCGCUUUCUAACGAGGCGGUUUAUUGGAGAAUAUGGAGAUAUAGAAUCAAUAUACAGCCAUACUGACAAGAUCGACGGGCGUGAUAUUUGUUUCAACAUAUGGGACUCGCUUUGCCACCAGAAUGGAGAGGAGUCGGGAUGCAUUAGCGACAGACAGCUGCAGUGGACGGAUGGAUAUAUCCUUGUUUACAGCAUCUGUGACCGCGCCAGCUUCAAUGUGGUGCGGCAACAAGUGCAGUGCAUACGACAAGCAAAGCAAAAACUGGCCAGCACAGCUCAGAUCAUCAUUGUGGGGAAUAAGAGAGACCUCCAGCACCGACGUACAGUGUCAAGUGAGGAGGGCCGGCUGCUGGCGCUCUCGGCGGACUGUGGGUUUUUUGAGGUCUCUGCUGCUGAGACGUACCACGGAGUGCUGAUGGUGUUUCACGAACUGUUUGAGCUCAUCCGAGAGGCAAGGGCACUCAAGAAGGGCACCGCAGGCUUCAAGGGUAUCGUGAGGAGCAUGUCGGCCGUAUUUGGAAGGAAGCGGACUGAAUAGUUUCACAUUUCCCCUUUAAGGCGGUGGAAGAAUCAUUGAUUUUCCCUUUAUGAAAUCCAUAUUGGAACAGAGACUGAUUAUUGAUCUCAACUGGAUUUUUGCAAGUUGACAAUCUUAGGGGCCGUUCACACUGUGUUCCGUCUGUGCUGUUUUUGGUUGGGCUACGUAUGGACAGACAUCUUUGGCCAUUAUGUUGCUGUUUUUUUUGCCACCUCACACCAUGAGCAUCACUUAAGGCGCGUGUCAAGUUAAAAGUAGUUCAACAACAAAAAGUGUCU